AUGCCCACCAAUCUCUCCAUCCUCGUCUUCGUCGCCUCGCCACUCGAUUACGCCAGAUACAGGCACACGGCGCUAUACUUUGAAUUCGACUCUCCAGAAACGCAAUAUGCAAAUGCGAAGAAUCAGCAUACACAGCCGGAACCACAAGAGAAAGACUAUAUCAAAUCGUCUAUGAUGGAGGUGAUAGGGUCGCCGGGAUUCAUGAGUUUCUUUGAGCGUAAGAAUUGGGGAGUACCGGUCUCGUCUGCAAAUCUGGCUCGCGUGGUACCCGUGUCUAGACUCCCGGAUACAAUACCCAUCUCGCGGCUCAGGUCUACGGUCUCUGAAACGAGUAUACUGGAUGGAGACGGGGACACGGAUUGGAAUAGUCAGAACUGGGUUGGUGAUGCGUUAAGUCGACUUGUGACAUGUGGGUAUUUGGAUGCGGGGGCACGGGAUCGUGGGCUGGAUGCGAUGGUCGAUGCGGUUAUGGAGGCGGAGGAUGAGGAGGUUUCUGUUGUUGCGGCGUCACACUGA